CUCCGCCACUCUCCACAGCACAGGCAGUCGUGUUGCCGCCUACUGACCAGACAACCUCAGCGACAGAGGAGGUGUAGGCUAUAUGUGGACCUCUGUCUGCUCUUCAUUCAUACAUACCGGCGGAAAAUACUAUCUGUUGAAAAGUUGAAUGGGGUGACUAUAGGGUUCCAGCGCUUUCCAUCGUAGCCUCUAUAGCAGUGACGCGUGCGGUCUGGGAUAGGAAUGACUAAAACAUCAGAAGGGAGACGAAACAGCCUACAUACCUUGUUGGAAUAACAACAUUAAUAGACUAAACUUGCAACAGGACAGUCGGGCAGGAGACUGAAAACAUUCCAGGCUGACUGGCUAUCUGUCAUGAAGAAGCGAGCCAAUGAGGUGUUGGAGCCAGACGAGCCUCUGUGCUGCUGUGAGUUUGUGGACCGUCAGGGGGGGCGGAGCCAUGUGGCAGCCUGCUGCUGUGACUGUGAGGACCUGGACGAUGCCUGUGACAGAUGGCUGAAGAAAGAGCCCCAGAAGGCAGAUUCACUGUCCCGUCUGGUUACCAUGGUGAGCGACCGCCUCCGUGUUCCCUGGUUCUGGGGCGGAGCCCGACGUGUUGAUCUAUCGGUGCUGCCCCCGCUGCUCCUACUUCCUGUCCUCCUACACAUCGCAGCCCUUCACUUCCUGUUGGGCAUGGUGGUUCUGACUGCUCUACCGGUACUGGUUCUAUGGUACUACUACGUCACUCACCGUAAGAAGGGCCGGACUCUGUUCUUCCUCAGCCUGGCCCUGUUCUCCCUGGGCUACAUGUACUACCUCUUCCUCACCGAGGUCUUCCCCAGGGGGGGUGUAGGGCUGACCCAGCUGGGUACAGUGACCCUGGGGGUGGCCCUCACUCUGGCCUCACUCAUCCACACCAAGAGAGAGCCCGGCUACGUACAUCCUCACACGGCCGACGUCCACAGCACGGUGACCUAUCACAGCUCACCUCCGGACAGAGACCCCGCCCACACCAGCCUCAACGGGGUUGGGCAGGAAGUAGUGCUAGCCAAUCGGGGGAGUGGGUCGGAGCAGCAGGGCCAAGGGGUGGAGCAGAGGGAGAGUGGGCGGAGCAGGAAGUGGUGCUCUCUGUGCAGGGUGGUGCGGCCCCCCAGAGCGGGACACUGCAGGAUCUGUGGUGUCUGUGUCCUGAGGCUGGACCACCACUGUGUCUGGAUAAACAGUUGUGUGGGCCAGGCCAAUCACUGCAGCUUCCUGUCGACACUCCUCCUCUUUCUGUUGACCUCUCUGUAUGGAAUCAGUCUGGUGCUGCGCAGCGUGUGUCCCCAACAGAACCUGCUCAGCGCCCUGCUCUACUGCCCAGGCGUCUACAAUCAGUACAGCUCGGCACUGUGUUUCACCUGUGCGUGGUACAGCAGCAUAGUGACGGGUGGCCUGCUACACCUUCUGGUCCUGCAGCUCAUCAACGUCAGCUACAACGUGACGGAGCGAGAGGUGCGCACCGCCCUCCGAGACAAGACCGCCCGCAGCCACUACUGGGGCCUCGUCGUGGACACGGGAGUCUACUCACAUGGUUUCCGUGGCAACUGGGCAGAGUUCCUGACAAUGGGAGAAGGCCUGCACACACCCUCACCCAGUCUCACUGACUUGGUGUAGCUGAGCUGCUCAUCAUUGUCCUUACAUCUUUAGAAGUGAUUGAUCAAUUGGACGAUCCAGGUAGAAGUUGCCCACAGAAACAGAUCUAGGAUAAUUUUACCCUCGUACCACAGGAGGCUGCUGAGGGGAGGGCGGCUCAUAAUAAUGGCUGUAACGGUGCAAAUAGAAUGGCAUCAAACAUGUGGAAACCAUGUGUUUGAUGUAUUUGAUACCAUUCCACUAAUGCUGCUCCAUCCAUUACGACGAGCCCGUCCUCUCCAAUUAAGGUGCCACCAACCUCCUGUGCCUCAAAGAAUCCUGACUUGAACCGUUAGGGGGAAGAACACAAGACAGACCUUGGGUCAGUGUCUAGGGGUAACUUCACCCUCAGUGAUAUGGGCUAGAGUUGAAGGAUGCAUCUGAUGUACUGUCUUUCACCAACAGAUGGCAGCAUAUCUCCACACCUCAGACUUCUGACUGCCAUCACCUUCUCUCCCCAGUUGUCCCAAAUAUGUAUAUAUACACUAGAUAUCUGACAGGAGGCACUGUAUUGAAGCACCUCCAUCUUGGCACUGCCCCACCGUUGUAAAAAAUAUUUUGGAAACUAUAGAAAUGCAUUUACCAAAUGUCUACAUUAGUGUUUGCAACAUUUAUUCUGUUACAGACGCCUUAAUGCAGCGUUUCCCAAACUCGGUCAUCAGGAACCCAACGUGUGCAUGUUUUGGUUUUUGCCCUAAAACUACACAGCUGAUUCAAAUGAUCAAAGCUUGAUGAUUAGUUGAGUAUUUGAAUCAGCUGUGUAAUGCUACGGCAAAAACCAAAAUGUGCAGCCCUUAGGAUCCCGAGGACCAAGUUUGGGAAACCCUGCUAAUAAAUUACACUGAAGAAAAACAUAAACGCAGCAUGUAAAGUGUUGGUCCCAUGUUUCAUGAGCUGAAAUAAAAUAAAAAGAAAUUUUCCAAACGCACAAAAAGCAUAUUUCUCUCAAAUUUUGUGCACAAAUUUGUUUACAUCCCUAUUAGUGAGCAUUUCUCCUUUGACAAUAUAAUCCAUCCACAAAACAAGGUGAAUCAAUUCAGGAUUCUGACAGGUGUGGUAUAUCAAGACACUGAUUAAACAGAAUGAUCAUAAAAGACCACUUUAAAAUCUGCAGUUUUGUCACACAACACAAUGCCACAGAUGUUUUGAGGGAGUGUGCAAUUGUUAUGCUGACUGCAGGAUUGUCCACCAGAGCUGUUGCAAGAGAACAGAAUGUUAAUUUAUCUACCAUAAGCUGCCUCUGUCAUUUUAGAGAUUUUGGCUGAGCUAAAAAAAAAUUUUUUUUUCAAGUACUAAUGUUACUCUGACUAAGUAAAAAAAAAAAUCCUAAAUACACAUCAUUUUGUUCCUGAAACAUUUAAAUGAAAUACUGUAGAAUUCCAUUAAUUUCUAUGGAGGACUGCUGCUACUGGGAAGGGCCAAUAUGGCUGACCGGUGUCUUCAAAGUCUCUCAUUGGCGAAUAUAUAGCAACAGCAAUCCAGGGUUUAUACUGUAAAAAUCAUUGGUAUCGCCACAGUCCGUGCCAAGGUGAAACGUACACUCCUGUAGAUCUGAAAAAAUGUCAUGGUGAAACUAACCAACCGAAAAAACAAGGUGAAUCAAUUCAGGAUUCUUGAAAGUCAGGAAAAUCCUUGUUCUGCAAAGAAUCAUAAUUUUUUAUAGUUGGAAAAAUAUAUUGAGCAAGCAGUAGGUAUUUAUAAUUACAUGUGGAGUGGCGCUUUAUCAUUGAUGACAUCACGUGCACCUUAAAUGAUUCUGCAAUCAUAAUUUAUUCGAAAAACACCAUUUCCAUCAUUUGUCUCAAUAAAGUUUGACAAAA